AAAAAACAUCCCUUCUGUUUUAAAUUGGGUAAAUCUCGUUCAUACGUUGUUUGAAAAUCAUGUAUAAUAAUUUUCAGCAUUUACCCCUUCCCCAAAACACCAAAAUAAUGAAAAAAUGUAUAGUGCAAAAAAAUCGUAAUAUAGUUAUUUUAAAGUGGGGUUUUGUGUGAAAAUGAAAUUUUGAGCAAAAUUAUAUUAUAACCAUAUGGUUUAAAACGUAAAAACAACGAUAUAGACAUUAGAAAAAACGUUGGGUUUAUAACAUACACAUUUACAUUCAAAUAACUUUAGGUUCCCCCACAUAAAAAGUAACAUAUUUCCAACAUUGCUUGAAACUGUUAUCAAGUGGAAAUGGAACUGUUCAGUAGUGUGUUUUGUACCUGUUCCAGGUCGUUCCGCAUUUGUACAUGUCACAAAAUAUAAAAUCCAGUUUCAUCUAAAAAUUACGUUUAUUGUAAUAAUAAUAGAGUUUGAAAUGCACACUUUACAUACGUAUUAAAAAUGACUAACGAUUAGAGAGAAGAGCAAGUUAUAACAUUAAUUAAACUAAUAAAAGAUUAUCCGAAUAUAUGGAAUCCUGAAAAUGAGGCGUAUAAAAAUAAAUUUAAAGAUAUACAUAGCUACAGCUUUAGAGAUUUCGCGACAAGUUGAGCGAAAAUGGAAAGUUCUGCAAACCCAGUUUAGACGAGAAUGUUGUAAAAGUGCUACAAAAUCCGGGAAAGGAACAGAUCAAUUGUACACUUCUCAUUGGUUUGGGUAUAAAUUUUUAAUGUUUUUAAAAGACAAGAAUAUACGAAAACAAACAAUGGAUACUCAAGAGGAGCAAUUAACUGCUUUGAUAUUUGAAAAAGAUGCAAAAAAUGUUUUAAGAAUGUUAGCUACCACCUAUUCUGGUCCCCUACGCCUGGGCGCUAUUAAUGGGUAUGAAGAGCGAAGCAAUGAAAUCAUUUAUUGUUACCCUACCAACGUAAAGGAAAAGCAAUGUGUUACUGUUUACUUUGGAGGUGAUGUUCAGGAUUUUACUGAAAAUAUGCUAUCCCAUAGGGAUAAUAAAAACUAUAUUCCAUGGAACCUGGAUAACACUGCCAGAAUCCUUCAAAAAAAAUUUCCGGAAAAUCAUAUUGUGGUUGUUCGUCCUUCAAGUAAAUGUGGCGCUCCAGAUCACACACCGAUGCAUUAUGCCUUGCUUCAUUUAGAACAAUUAUUGACCAACAUUUCCAGUACUUUGCACACCAUGACUGAUUGUGAUUUAAAUAUUGCCAGAGAAACAUCAGAGUCUGCUAUGCAGGAAAUUAAUAAACUGAAUGAUUCAUCAUCAGAUAAUGCAACUUUUAAUGAAAUUAAAACAAAUCAUGAAGUUGAUUUUAAAACCGAAAAUUGGCGUAGGGAUAAUAUUAGUUUGGAUAAAUAUGAUCUCAUUAUUGUUGGAUUUAGUAAAGGAUGUGUUGUAUUAAAUCAAUUUCUUUACGAAUUUCAUUUUUUUAAAACAUUAUCUCCCGAUGACUCUAAUUUAUUAAAUACUAUUUCAAAAAUAAAGGAAAUGUAUUGGCUAGAUGGAGGACAUUCGGGAGGGAAGAAUACGUGGAUAACGUCCAAACCUUUAUUAGAAACCUUAACGGGAUUAGGUAUACGAAUUCAUAUUCACGUUACGCCGUAUCAAAUAGACGACGAUCGUAGGCCUUGGGUAAAAAAAGAGGAAAAACUAUUUCAUGAAAUAUUGAAAAAACAAGAAGCCAAUAUUGAAAGGCAUUUGCAUUUUUCAAACAUUAUACCAAAUAUUAAUAUUCAUUUUGAGCUUUUGUCUCUAUUUGGAAAAUCUUAAAAUAUUUUGUACAUAUCAUGUUAAU